GACCUCCUCCUCUGCUUCGAUGCCUUUGGAACCCUCUUCGCCCCCAGCAUCCCCAUUCCCAUUGCCUACGCGCGAGCCGCCGCCCAUCACGGGAUUCGCAUUGGCAACACGCAGGACGUAGGCACAAGCUUCAAAUUGGCCUUUAAGCAGGAAUCGCAGAGAAAUCCCAACUACGGCAAGUCGAGCGGUCUCGGAUCCGAAAAAUGGUGGGCCAACAUCAUCCACGCCACCUUUACUCCGUUUCUGCGAAAAGACCAGCCGUUUCCUCAUGCACUUACAACAGAGUUGCUCGACAUUUAUUCUUCGAGUAGAGGAUACACGCUAUUUCCAGAUGUAACUCCAUUCUUCAGCACACUGCGGGCUCUGAAACAACAGCGGAUACGAGAAACCGACGACUGGCCGUGGCAUAACACCGUCGUGGGUAUUGUGACCAACUCGGAUGAUCGUGUACCAGGAAUCCUAGAAUCCCUUGGUCUCAGCAUCGGGCCCAGAAGAGUCGGUACAAAAGACAACAGAGACAAGGAAGCUAGUUCACAUGACGACAUAAGCUUUGUCGUCCUGUCAUAUGAUGUUGGGGUUGAGAAGCCGCAUUCGGGCAUGUUUCGCGCGGCAGAGGAUAUGCUU